GCAGCCCCCUUCCCUGGGGCCCAGGCAUGCAAAUGACAUGCAAAUGAUUGCCGCUGCCUUCCCCAUCCGGAGCCCUUGGGGGAGACCGGCUUUGCCUGAGCUCCGUGGCCUUUGAGCCGGAAUUCUGCUCCCAGAGCAGGAAUUCGGAAGCUUGGACAGGCCAGUGAUGGGGAACUCACUACCUCUCCGGGACAUCCGGCCUCGGUGGCUUCCAGGGACCGCCCCCACCCCCCACCAGCCUGCUGAGAGCUCACAGCGGCCUGGCCCACGCUGUCCAGGACUCCCCUUGCUCAGGACGCCCGGAGCCGUGCAGGCCUCCCUGGAGUUUGGGGGCUCUGUCCCGAGCCCUUCUGCCCGAGACGUCCUCUGGACGUUGUACCGAAAUGUGAAGGCCUCAGGGCAGACGCUGGCGGCCCUCCGGGUGGAAGAGAGCAGCCUCACCUGUGACCAGUCCAGCCUGAGCGACCUGGCCCCGGAGACCGUCAGCAUCAGCGCCAUAGCCACCAGCCCGUUCCCGCCCCAGCUCCUCCUACCUGCUUCUGCCCCCUUGGUCCUGCUGGGGGAGCAGAUUCUCCGAGAGGUCACACCCCUGGUGUCGGGAUUCUACAAGGCACGACCCCAGGACGACCCCCUGCUCAUAUUCAGGUGGGGCACCCCCUCCCGCCCGCCAGCCAGCUCCCCUCGGGAGGCCAGAACUCAGACACACGUGGGAGGCACAGGCGCACCUGCUGGCCGGCUGCAGGAGCGCCCUGGGAACCUGCGCCAGUACGGCAUCUGCCUCCCGCCCCGUCCCUGGUGCUCUCGCAGGGACACAGCCCAGGGCUUGGUCGUUCACAUCGAGUACAAGUUCCAGCAGGCCCUUCCCGCCCAGCUCCGGGGCCUGGCCACUCACCUGGCCCGGAACAUCGUGGCCUCCAUCCUGCAGAAAUCCAGCAUCGUGGCCAACGGGGAGAAGGCAGAAUUGGUGCGGUACGAGGUGUGGCUGAGGAUCCAGGGCCCACUGGCCAGCCAGGCCACUGAGGACAAAACCAGCUCGGAGUCCGGGGAGCUGCAGGCGCGGCUGACGCGAUGGCUGACCGCCGUCCUCAGGCCUCUGCAGAACUUGGACCGGGUGGUGGUGGAGGAGCUCCAGCCGGACCCACUGACAGCCAGGCUGGGAGUCACCUUCUUCGGGGAAGCGCCAGCCCCGGAGCGGGUGCAGGACCUGGUGCACCAGAGCCUGCCCGCCCUGCGGGCGACCGAGGGUCUCUCAGCAGAGAUGGUUCUCCCGGGCCCCGGCAUCCCGGGUGCUGAGGCCCAGCCUGGCACCCCCGUGCCCAGCUACGCUGUGGCUCUGCUCGCCCUGAGCCUGCUGCUGGCCACGCCCACCCUUGUCCUGGUGCUGAAGGGCAGGGUCUGCCCCGGGGUGUUCGGCCUGCGGGACGGGAAGUGCCGCCGUGGGGCCAGCGGGACCUCUGACAGAAAACACCUGCCCCUGUCACUGGCCAAUCACAAGAAAGCCCCGCGCACUGUGGACCAACCAGAGGCCGCGCACCGCUCAGCUCCGCCUCCCGCAACCCGGCCGACCGCGCGGCGCGCUCCGCUGAAACCCGCGCCCCGAGCUCUCCGGGGCGGCCCGGCCCCGGGGCUUCUGCAGGCAACGCCCGAGCGCCCGGACGUGAACCUAGAGCCAGGGCGUGUGUGGCACCAACCGGAGGCCGCCACGCAGCACGGGGCCGCCUCUCGCCUGGACUCCGGGGCUGGGACAGCUCCCGCUGGCUCCCGCGCCUUGGGGACAGACUGAGCGCUAAGCCCAGGCUCCUCUGCCCACCCCCAGCUGCAUAAAGUCGGAGAA